CACCAUCAUUCCAGCUUUCUUGCACCUGCACCUUAUUUCUAUGCCCUCCCCCUUCCCCAUGUGGAACAACACCAACAUCGAUAUCUUCUUAUAUAAACUUCCCCAUUUCUUCUUCCUCACAAGUUCACGUCUCUCUCUGGACGUCUUCGACUUUGCUUGUCCUGCUCGAUUUAAUUCAAGUAUUCUCUCAAUUUGUUUCAUCUGGGUAUUUUAUAAAUUAUAUAUACUCAUCAUUUCAUUGUUUAUUUAAUUUACAAACACCCAGAUAGAUAGAGAAACCAAAAUUCAAUCCAGUUUAUCAUGAAUGGAUGCUGUUUCUGUUGAUACUAGCAGUAAUAGUAAUAAUAGUAGUAGCAUAAACAUGGACAAGGAGAGAUUGACGGCGGAGAUGGCGUUCAAGGACUCGUCCUCCGCCGUCAUCAAAAUCCGGGAGCGCCUGCCGGACUUCUUACAGUCUGUCAAGCUCAAGUACGUCAAGCUCGGCUAUGGCUACACCGUUAACGCAGCCACCAUUAUUUUGUUCCUCCUCAUUUUACCGCUCUUCGUCUCGGUAUUAAUCCAGCUCACUGGUCUGGAGCUGGAACGGAUCACAGAGCUCUGGACCAACCAGGCUGUCCGGAUCGAACGCAUCGACGCCGCCACCAGGCUCGCCGGUUCAGGGGUCCUCCUCUUCUUCUUCGGUCUCUACUGGGCCAAGCGGUCUAGACCAGUUUAUCUGGUCGACUUCUCAUGCUACAAACCGGAAGACGAACGCAAAAUGUCCGUUGAGUCGUUUCUAAAAAUGACUGAAGAAAACGGCGCAUUUGCUCCGGACACGGUUAACUUCCAGACCCGCAUUUCGAACCGGUCCGGUCUAGGCGAUGAGACGUACUUGCCGCGCGGAAUCACCUCCAACCCGCCACAGCUGUCCAUGGAGCAAGCCCGGUCCGAGGCCGAGUCGGUCAUGUUCGGCGCCCUCGACUCACUCUUCAAAAAAACGGGAAUCAAACCGAACCAAAUCGACAUCCUCAUCGUGAACUGCAGCCUGUUCAACCCGACGCCGUCGCUGUCGUCCAUGAUCGUCAACCACUACAAGCUCAAAACCGACAUUAAAUCGUACAACCUGGGCGGCAUGGGCUGCAGCGCCGGUCUGAUCUCCAUCGACCUCGCCAAGGACCUCCUCAAAGCAAAUCCCAACUCCUACGCCGUCGUCGUCAGCACCGAAAACAUAACCUUGAACUGGUACUUCGGAAACGACAAAUCAAUGCUCCUCUGCAACUGUAUUUUCCGAAUGGGCGGCGCCGCGGUUCUUCUAUCGAACAGGAACCGCGACCUCGCCCGGUCCAAGUACGAGCUCGUACACACUGUCCGGACCCACAAGGGCGCUGACGACAGGAACUACAAGUGUGUUUACCAGCGAGAAGACGACAAAGGGACCGUCGGCGUUUCGCUUGCGCGUGAGCUCAUGGCCGUGGCGGGCGACGCGUUGAAAACGAACAUAACGACGCUGGGCCCACUCGUCCUGCCGUUUACCGAACAGGUGUUGUUUUUCAUAACGCUGAUUAGGAAGAAGGUUUUCAAGGCGAAGGUCAAACCGUACAUUCCGGACUUCAAGCUCGCGUUCGAGCACUUCUGCAUACACGCGGGUGGACGCGCCGUCCUGGACGAGCUGGAGAAGAAUCUUCAACUCACUGAGUGGCACAUGGAGCCGUCUCGGAUGACCUUGCACCGGUUCGGCAACACGUCGAGCAGUUCGCUGUGGUACGAGCUGUCGUACGCGGAGGCCAAGGGCCGGGUCGGGAGGGGUGACCGGGUUUGGCAGAUUGCUUUCGGGUCGGGUUUUAAGUGUAAUAGCGCGGUUUGGCGGGCCCUCCGGCCGAUUUCUGUCGGGGACGGGUUGGGUAAUCCGUGGAUGGACUCAAUUGAUAAAUACCCGGUCAAAGUCCCGAUGGCUUAGUCUGUGUUGUCCACGUGGCGUUGUUUCAGUGGGCGAAGAGCUCCACCCGUACUCUCGUACGUGGAAUUAGCUGUGGCUGGGAUUGUUUUCUUUUCUUUUUUUUUUUAAUUUUUUCCGUUUAUUACUGAAUUUCCUAUACCAACUUGUAGAAUGAAUUAUUUAAAAAAUAAUUGAAUAUUAAGGUCUUUAGAAAAUUA